UAGAAACAUUUUGCUCUCUGUGAAGACGACAGAAGUUAAUCUGACCCUCUGUUGAAUUGAGGCAGUUAGCCACAGAAAAAAGAUCCAGGAAAAAGAAAGUGAGACCUCUUCAAGUUCACUGUAUAUUUGAGAGAAAGAAAAGAAAAAGAAAAUUGUCAUUCAGUAGAAAGGAAACUGAGGAAGAAGAUACUCAGAAAUGCAAUGUUUUCAAAAAGUAAAAUUCAAAACUGACAAGAUAAACUGAAUUUUGUACUCAAUUUAUGGGAAACUGCCUAUGAAAAGUAGAACCCAAAGAAUCACAUUUCAGAAAAUAAUUACUGGAAAUGGAAAAGCCAUUUUCUCCUGACAAGUAUGUAUCCAAUUAAGAAUAAAUGGAAGGUGGAAAAUAUGACCUUACGGACGAGACAUUUUUACACUUCUUGGCGUUGCACUAAAUCAUAUAUUUUCCUGGUUGGCUCCUUCUGUUUCUUAAUGGCAUGUAUCCUCUUGAUUCCCAAUGUUUCUCAUUACUUCACUAUUUCAACUCCAAUCCAUGUUCAAGAAAAAUUGCAUAGACUUUUAUACUUUACCAGAGAUACUGAGGAAUCAGAAGAAAGCAAAGAAAGUAGUUUCUUCAGAAACAAUACAUCCAACAUUAAGAAGUCUUCACAGAAAAGUCAGAAAAAGGAAGGAAAUGCAAAAGUGUCCAGAAAGGCUAGCAAAGGAAUCCAAGAGAACUACAUCCAUCUCCAUCCCUACCGUUUUCUCAUUAAUGAAAGUGACAAAUGUACAAAAAGAACCCCUUUCUUGCUUCUCUUAAUAGCGACCAAGUUCAACGAGCGUAAACAUAGACAAGCAAUCAGGAUGACAUGGGGGAACGAAACGGUGGUUCCAGGAGUGGAGGUUAUUCGUUUGUUUAUGUUAGGGGUUAAUGAGAAGGUCUCAAACCAAGCCAUACUAAGCGAAAGCAGGCGGUAUCAUGACAUCAUUCAACAGGACUUUGUGGACACCUACAAAAACUUAACCCUUAAAACUCUAAUGGGCAUGAAAUGGGUUGCUACCUAUUGCUCCAAAGCUAGUUUUGUUAUGAAAACUGACAGUGAUAUGUUUGUGAAUACGGAAUAUUUGAUUAAAAAGUUGCUAUGGAAUGUUAGACUUCCCAAAAUGGACUACUUCACUGGUUCCAUCAUGACAGGGUAUAAGCCGCAUCGAUUUAUUACGAGCAAGUGGUUCAUGCCAAAAGAAAUGUACCCAGAAGAUGAAUACCCUAGUUUUUGUUCAGGAACUGGCUAUGUUUUCUCCACAAAUGUAGCCACAAGGAUUCUUAGUAGGUCUCUAAAAGUGCCGUAUUUAUAUUUAGAAGAUAUAUAUGUAGCACUGUGCCUCAAUAAAGAAGGAAUAAACUUGACACCUCCACCAAGAGAAGAUUUGUUUAACAUACACACAAUUCCAUUUUCUCCUUGUACUUACCACAGUUUAAUCACUUCUCAUGAAGUUAGUCCAAGUACUCUGCUAUUUUUCUGGAAAAUAUUGCAAGACAAGAAGCAUGAAUGCCCUUGAGAAAGGAGAUGUGAUGCACGGGUCCUCUGGGAGUCAUCCAGACAGCAGGUUUUCAUUAAAGCAUCCUGCUAGCCCUAGUAAUGUUUCCCUUGGGCAUCCCUGUAGGAAGUAGGCCAUGAAGUUUAGUCAACAUGCUCACCUGGUUGCUGUCAGCUGUGUGAACCUUCAAAAUCAGAAGCACAUGUGGAUACAGUUGAUCCAAAACAGUGAAAAUAUGUUUGUAACUGUUGUAAAUGUGAGCCACUUGCCCUUGGGAAAACAUUCACAUCUAUUUGAGACCCUGCUAUUUGUUCACUCAAGAAGGGGAGAAAACUGACGAGGAACAGCCAAAGGUGGAGCCAGAGUAUCACAUGAAGAGUAGGGUGGCACAUGAAGCCAAGAUUGAUAGGAUUUCAUAUUCUCAAUUUAGGACACUAAAACUUGCUGAUGCGCAACCUCACAGGAUCAGUUAAUGGGGAUUGGUGGGCUACAGAAAGGCAGUCCCCUAGAGUGUGGAUUGGCUAUUCCAUUGUCAGCACAAGUGAGAAGGAGAGGGUUAAAAACAUUGGCAGUCAGAAGCAAGUGUAUGUGUUUGAGUG